GUUGUCCUGCGCUGCUCGACCGGCUGAACUGUUAAUUAAGUUACUACGAAAUUGGAUGGUUUUGUGUCCGAAGGAGUCAUAAAAUAGGGAUCUGAUUUAUACAUGAGUUUUCUCUGUAACGGUUCGGGGGUCGCAUCCUACGAGUCACUGAAACCAAUGAGAACGCGAGACUUGGCUUUGCGUUAGCUGAACUGCUGGACACUUCACUCUGAGCUUCGCGGUCGCCUCACCUUUACCGGGCGUUUCUGUCUGCUGUUUUGAAGCGUAUCCAUUGUUCGGAUGAUUCCCGGAUACUUUCCAUUUCUCUCCUUGUCAGGGGACCCAACGGCCAUUCCACUGCAUCCAUCCAUACUUCAUUCAGCCCUCUUGCAGGGGACCAGUGGGGUACAGCAGCCACUGUCUUCAACCCAACUUUUACAGCAUGCACUUCUUCAAGACUCUCUUCGUGUUCUCGGCGCCAAUGUUUUUACUUCGCUCCUGUGCUCUCCGCAGUUGGGUUGCUCUGCCACUGUCGGGAAUGUCGGAAUUUUAGGUGGGCCUCUACAACCAACCCCUGUAAAUUCUGCUACCGGUGUUGCCCCACUGUUGCUCUAUCCUGCAUUAAACGCUGCUCCGUUACCCGGUAACUCAACCGAGGAUCCGUCUAAAAGUGUAGAUUCUCACACAAUCGUCCGUGCUCCAGUGAUCUACAAGAAUGCUCCCGCCGUUAAGUGGUAUCGUGCAUUGAGAACUCCUUCCGUUUUCGCUUUCCGUGUGAUCCCACUGGUUAAGCGCCUGGAGUUGCCUUUUGAUUUCUAUAUUGUCUUGGUGCUUUAUCUCUGUUUUCCUAUCGCUUUUAGUCCCUCGGCUGAAUCACAAUCCGACCAAUCCUGCUGGUUCGUGAUAGGUGCUUGUCAUGCGGUUUGCUGCUGUCCUUAUCCGUGUAUGUGUCCUUUAUUGUUUGUGGCACUUGCAUCUGCACACGUACACUUUUGUGGUGACUCUGUUACUAAUUGUUUUUCUGCGCCAAUCGAUGCUGGUAUCCUCGCGCUCCGUGCUUUGCUCGCCUACUUUGUCCGUUUAAUUCCAUUACCUGAAGACGACUCGGUUGUUGAUACGCUUUGUUUGUUCAUCUAUUUCUGUUUUUCGGGAAAGACGACUAACUCUGAUGGUGACGGUUCUCAAAGCGGUUCUGAUGCCUUGAAAAGCAGCGAACAGAGUCCACCUGACCGCAUCGUUGCAUCUUACGCGGCUGCGGCUCAUGCUGCUGCUUUGGUCAAUCAUCAACCUGUCUCCAAAGCUGCUGAAAAUUUUCUCUCAGUGACGUCGACUGUUCGCCCCAGGCAUUCAAAACGAUCCCGUAUCCAGACGUCUUCGGUUACCAGUCGGCUAGGAGUCUUUGAAUCUGCGCCGCCGUCUACCACAGUUCCUGUGUCAGCAAACUGUGUAGAAGGGAAAACGAGCACCUCUACCCUUCAGUCGGGUGUUACCACGUCUGGCGAUAGCGAAAGGCGAGCGGGAUGGUCACGCAUUCUUGAUCGGAAGACCGGGACUGUGGAGUAUAUUUCACCAGAAGGGUCCCAUCUUCGAAAACGUGAGGAGGUGAUCAUGUACCUUCGAGCGAAAUAUCCUGGUUUGGACAACUCGGAUCGGUAUGACGAUUUGGCUACCAGUUUCGUCUUCGAACCAAUUGCAGACGCUCCAAUCCCUACAGAUAGUUUUCCUGCUUUCACUCAGGUCCUAUCAUCUAACCAAUCCAUCAAUCCUUCCACCAGUCCUGCGCAAACGACAGAAACGGCCACAUGUUCUCCGUACAAUCAAUCUUCAACCAUAUCAGACCAAUCCGGAGUGAAACUUGCAGGUUCUGCCUGCCGAAUUUCUUUCAAUCCAAAUCGCUCCAUAGAAGAGGAUUUUUGUUUGACCAAGCGGCGACGUGUAUUGUCAUCUGCAGUUCAGGAGGAACAGGAUAAGUCGGCUACAAAGGCAGAUUCUCACGUUCAGCCGGUUGAACACGACCAGUUGCCACCUGAAUUGCUUCCCGGUUCUUUUCCAGAGGCAGAUGCGCCUACUUCAGGCUCAAUAGAUCCACUGCCGUCUUCUACGGAACUUUCUUCCAAAAAAACUGAAAAUUGUGAAUUAAACACUAUCCACAGCUCUUCACCCGCCAUUACCAAGACUGACUCAUCAGAAGCUUCAAUAAUACCAACUGUGAUGGCACCAUGUGUGCUUAAUGCAAAUGUGAUAACAGAAGAUCGCCCAACCAAUUCGGAAAAUUCAGCGGCAGACUGCUUGUCUUCUUCCCCAAAACCCAUAGUCAAUGGAACUUCUACUUCUUACGAACAUACGGGAUUCUCGUCUCCCAGCACAUUGGGUCAACGAAACAUUGAUACUGUUGCGAAGGUUAACACCGAAACAGUCACAACAGGUCUUCUUCACUCAUCACUUUCUUCCAGUAGUUUAUCAGUUUUACCAUCUGUUGUUCCUUACUCUGACCGGUGCUCUGCACCUAACAGUGAGGCGGGAUCGGCAACGCCAGCCCAGGUUACUCAGAUCACGUCCUUUUCAGUACCCGGGAGCACUAACCAAACGAUCGCUUUAAAUCAGCUGAUUGCCACUGCGCGUUUGGCUCAAGUUCAGCAGCAGCAGCAGCAGCAACAACAACAACAACAACAACUCCUAGCAGCAAUAGCUUCCCUAUCAGCUGAUACUAUGAGCAAUCAUUCUCUACCAGCGACACAUUUGGUUAACAGUCCAUCUCAUUUGAACCCCCUUCUUCUUUCCAACGCUUCGCAAUGCAAUGCACCAUGGAAUACAGGUUCCUGGAUGGAUCUAGUUUCAUCAACUACCGCAAAUCCCUCUUCCUCUCUUCAGCAACAGCUAAUGGCAGCUGCCGCCAUACAGCAGCAACAACAGCAACAGGCUGCUCUCUCCAUCUUAUUGCAGAAGCAACAACAGGCUUUGUCAACAGUACAACCCCAACUUCUCAGUCCCGUCUCACAGGUUCAGGCCUACCUAGCUGCUGUUCAGCGCCAGUUUUUCCCGACGACUUAGAUCGGGAUCGCGUCUGGUUGGAUACGCGGCGAGAUGUGGCUGCUAAUAGAUGUCUAUGGCGUUCUUGUUAGUUUCUAUUCAUAUUACUUGGAUGAGAGUCUGGAAGUG